AACGACAAGGACGAAGAAGGACCGCGUAUGUAGAACCAUUAUAACUACCUCAUUGCCAAAAGCACCUUUCACUCCCUCCCUCUGCUUCUACCGCACUCAAGCACCCAACACCACCACCAUAACACUCAACGCAAUGGAGCUUAGCAAAGUAACACUCGAGAUCUUCUCCAAACUCGAGCAGCAAUGGCUUUCCCACUACGAAGCCACAUCCAAAACCCGCAUUCUCAGUAUCGACGGCGGAGGAACCACCGCCAUUGUCUCCGGCGCAGCCCUCAUCCAUCUCGAGGACCAGAUCCGAGCCCAAACCAGCGAUCCCCACGCGCAAAUCGCUGAUUAUUUCGACAUCAUCGCCGGAACCGGCAUUGGCGCCAUCCUCGCCGCCAUGAUUACCGCCGACGACGGCUUCGGCCGGCCUCUCUACACUGCCCGUGAGGCUGUCCACUUCGUCGCCGAGAGCAAUAGCGAACUGUUCAAGCCGAAGCGCUCCGGCGUGUUCCGCCGCCGCCGCCGAUUCUCAGCGCGGAGCAUGGAAAACGCGCUGAAGCGGGUUUUCCAAAGAAAAGAGGAAGAACGACGGCUGUUGACUAUAAAGGACACGUGUAAGCCUCUGCUCAUCCCUUGCUUUGACCUCAAGAGUUCUGCGCCAUUUGUGUUCUCCCGAGCCGACGCAUCCGAGUCACCGAGUUUCAACUUCGACCUUUGGAAGGCGUGCCGAGCCACUUCAGCCACGCCAGACCUCUUCGCGCCAUUCCAUUUCGCCUCUGUCGACGGUAAGACCUCGUGCGCCGCCGUUGACGGCGGCCUGGUGAUGAAUAACCCGGCGGCAGCGGCCGUCACGCACGUCCUCCACAAUAAGCGCGACUUCCCGUCGGUGAACGGCGUGGAGGAUCUCCUCGUGCUCUCGAUCGGAAACGGAGCGCCGGCUAAGAGAAUAAACACCGCCGGUGAGUGCUCCACGUCGACGGUGGUUGACAUUGCGCUUGACGGUGUUUCCGAAACGGUUGACCAGAUGUUAGGGAACGCCUUCUGUUGGAACCGUACAGAUUAUGUCAGGAUUCAGGCGUUUGGUUUGGGAGAAGGAAAAGAAGAGAAGGUGCUGAACGAGAGAGUGCUGGAAUCGUUACCGUUUGGUGGAAAACGAUUACUGCAAGAAACUAACGCAAACAGAAUCGAGAGCUUCGUGCAACGUCUUGUUGCUACCGGGAAGACUAGUCUGCCACCUAGUCCCUGCAAGGUGCCGCCGUAAGACUCUCGCUAACGGCGUCUUUUUUUUUAAUAUUUUUACGCUUUGACUUGUAUCAAGAUUAGGCCAUGAUUUAAAAAGGUCCUGAAGGUUUUUUUUUUAUCUGUUGUUGUCGGAGUGAAUAGCAGUUAAUAAAAAUGACAUGGUAGAGUUUCCCUCU